AUCAUUUUCCAGGAUCCUUUCAAGUACUGGCUGUGUUAGUGUAGACUAGACUAGACUAACACUAAAUUAAACUAAACUGUAAUUUAAUUAACACUAAAUCUACCGUAGAAAGAUAACAAUAACAACGUCGUUAACUAAAAAGCAUCUUCCUUUUAUCCUCCGCAAAUCGCUCCAGCGCUAAUUCAGCAAAUUUUCCACGAUUGUUGUUAACCAUCUGCCGAUGAACACUCAGCAAGCAGAGAGCACUCAACCAUUGUUAACCUCAGCCAGGUUUUCACCUGACGUAAUGUGCUGAACGAGAGCUCAAUCGUGAUUGUUUUACAUGGUGAAGCAAGUUCAAUUUUAAUUGCUUUCUCAGUCGCUGGUAAGAACGAACGGGCUUCAGCAAGCAUGUCAAUAAGAUCCCGGUCUUCCAAGUUCUUACCGUCUGCUCUCAUGCUGUUGCAAUGUUGAUACCAGACUUCCACCUCUCCAACAAAAUUGUUAACGUCAUAAAAAAAGACGAAAGCUCCGGUUUUGCACUUUAACUCUUCUAACGACAUGCGUAUUACGUUAGCAGGAUGCAGCGAGGACAACGCGUAGGCAAGUGCACUAUCUUCCAUGAACCGUGUUUCCUGUGAGGUUAUUAGAGAAUUAAGAUUUACGUGUCAGAUUGUUCAAUGUCAUCGGACCGGACUGCCAGGCAUUAGCAUGUGUUGAGGCGUACGCCGCGGUUCGGCACUAAUAUGACGACAUCAAGGACAAUCAGCCUGAGUGCCUGGACUUGGUGGAUUUUUCUCCGUGGGCGAGCAAAUCCUGGCAGCAGUACGGGAAUCGAUGAAAACUUCCCUGUGGAUACAGUAGUGAAAAUAUGCUGAAGCCGUGUGGGACGUUCAGUGAUAGUGCGUAUAGUUUAAUUAUUUACGGUGAACUUCAGGCAGCUGGUCCCAAAAGCGGACCAUAAUUACAACGUUAACUACAAACUUGUUGUGCUGUGAUUUUUUAGUGAUUUAGUGUGUAUUUUAGAAGAAUUUAGGACGAAGAUGGCAGAAAACGUGAAGGUGGUGGUUCGGUGUAGACCGAUGAAUAAGCGUGAACAGGUGGCAGGGAGUAAGAACAUUACUCAAAUCGACAACGCGACGGUGAAUUUGGACAAUCCGAAUGAUCAGAGCGCGCCACAGAAGUCAUUCAAAUUUGACAGUGCGUACGGGUACGCAGCCACAACGGAGAACAUCUACAGCGACAUCUGCUAUUCACUAGUGGAGAGCGUUCUUGAGGGAUACAAUGGAACAAUAUUUGCGUACGGACAGACUGGCUGUGGAAAAUCGCACACCAUGCAGGGAACCACUUACAACCUAACGGCUGCCGAUCCGAACAAUGCUAACAAUAUCGGUAUAAUACCGCGGUCGUUUGAGCACGUGUUCGAAGCCAUUGCGGUCGCUAGUGACGUGCGCUAUCUGGUGCUCGUCAGUUAUUUGGAAAUCUAUAAUGAAACGAUCCGAGAUCUGCUUAACCCCUCGUGUACGGGAACAGGAAGUCUUACCAUCAAGGAGGUCCCUGGAGAGGGAGUAACGGUCCAAGGCUUAUCGCUACAUCCGGUCCACGGAAUGAAGGAAUGUAUCGAACUGCUGGAAGCGGGCGCCAAGAACCGCGUGGUCGGUGCAACGCUAAUGAACAUCGAAAGUUCCCGUUCGCAUUCUAUAUUCACCAUUAGCUUAGAGCAAAUGUCAACCAAUGGUGGUCAUAAUGCUGUGAUAAAACGAGGCAAGUUGAAUUUGGUUGAUCUGGCGGGAUCGGAAAGGCAGAGCAAAACCGGUGCCACGGGGGAGAGGCUCAAGGAGGCGACCAAGAUUAAUCUUUCGCUGUCGGCACUGGGAAAUGUUAUAUCGGCAUUGGUGGAUGGUAAAACCAAACACGUUCCUUAUCGGGACUCGAAGUUGACGAGGCUUUUGCAGGACUCAUUGGGUGGCAACACAAAAACGCUCAUGAUCGCCUGCAUCUCGCCAGCGGAUUCGAACUACGAUGAGACUUUAUCGACACUGCGCUACGCCAGCCGAGCGAAAAACAUUGCCAACAAACCGAAAGUUAACGAGGAUCCUAAGGACACGAUGCUGCGCGAGUAUCAACAGGAAAUUUUACGACUGAAGCAGCUGCUGGCCGGCGAAGGAAAAGAUUUCUUGAACGUGGAACCGGUGUCAGAGAGCUCGUUGGAAGACGACCAAAACGCCCUCAAGCAGCAGUACGAUUCGGAAGUGAACAGCCUUCGGAAGGAAUACGAACAGCAAAAGGUAGCUAAACAACAGCUGGUAAAAGAUAUCGAAAAAAUCAAAUCGUACUACGAAGGACAAAUGCAGCAAAUGGUUUCAAAAAAUGAUACUGAAAAAAUGCCGGCCCAAACGGCGGCCGUUAUGGAUAAACAAGACAUCUACGAUCGUAUCAAACAAAUUAAAGACGCUCUGAUAGGCGGCGAGCGCGCGAAUGAUGUUCAGCUGAAGGAAAAGCGGUACCGAAACAAGCUAGCUUCCCAGAAGCGACUGAAUGCGUUGGCCCACGUGAUUAGCAGGGUGGAACAAAGCGAGGACCGGGACUUGCUGCAAGGACACUACAUGGAUAUUCAACAGGAGUUGAAAGUUCGUUACGAGCAGAUCAGACAGCAAAGGAAGCGCAUAAAAUCACUCGAACGUGAUAUAUCGGAUAUUCAGAGCGAAUUCCAAACGGAUCGGGCCGACUAUCUGGCAACAAUUCGGUUGCUAGAGAAGAAGAUCCUUUUUUUCGAAGCUGUUUUCCAAAAAGCGAUGCCAGUACUGAGAAAGGAUGGCCGCUAUUGGAACUUGGAAUGCUUGGAGGGAGACUCGGAGUGGCAUGAUGAUUUGAAGAAGUGGAAACUUCCGGAUGAUACACUCCUGCGGACACGAUUACCACCAGCGGACCCAACCCCCUCGGAAUCUCCGUCGAAAAAUGGCCGCGAUAGUCAAAACUCAUUCACGGCACCAGGUCGACUGGAGCGUAGUUCAACGUUGAUCCUGACCAAGCUACCGGAGUUCGAAAGCGGAGUCAACAGCUUCGCGGGGGAAAUGCGCAAAAAAGACUUUCUCAGCAAAAGCACAAACUGCAGCCCUUUUCCCAAAAUAGAAGAUGUCGCCAUGUCCUACUUUCGACCACGACGAGCAGCGGAACUGGUGUAUCGCAGUGGCUGGGGUAGCCUUCAAAAGUAGCUAAUGAACGUUGUUGUACAAGAUACGCUUAACUGAUUGAAUUUAGGCAUGUUGUAUUUUUGAACAAAGAAUAUUUUUUCCGGUAAUAAAACUAUUUUCAACAAGA